AUGUCCCACUCGCACGACAACGGUAUCUCCCACUCGCACGACCACAAUGACCCCUUCAACGGCCACGGCCACUCGCACGACAUCCUCGACGGCCCGGGCUCGUACGCCAACCGCGAGAUGCCCUUGAUCGAGGACCGUGAUUGGAAUGAUAGAGCGUUUACCAUUGGUAUCGGAGGACCCGUUGGAUCAGGCAAGACAGCCCUGAUGCUGGCACUCAGUCGUGCCCUCCGCGACGAGUAUAACAUUGCUGCUGUCACGAAUGAUAUCUUCACGAGAGAAGACGCUGAAUUCCUAACCCGCCACAAAGCCCUCUCCCCCAGCCGCAUCCGCGCAAUCGAAACAGGCGGCUGCCCGCACGCCGCUGUCCGCGAAGACAUCUCCGCAAACCUACUCGCCCUGCAAUCCCUCCAAAAGCAAUUCUCUACAGACCUGCUGCUCAUCGAAUCUGGCGGCGAUAACCUCGCGGCGAACUACAGUCGUGAACUCGCCGACUUCAUCAUCUAUGUUAUCGAUGUUGCGGGUGGUGAUAAGGUUCCGAGGAAGGGUGGACCGGGGAUUACGGGGAGUGAUUUGUUGGUUGUGAAUAAGAUUGACUUGGCGGAGAUUGUGGGGGCGGAUCUCAGUGUUAUGGAGAGGGAUGCGGCGAAGAUGAGGGAAGGGGGGCCGACUGUUUUUGCGGAGGUGAAAAAUGGAAAGGGAAUGGGGGCUAUUGUGGAUUUGAUUCUGAGUGCGUGGAAGGGGAGUGGUGCAUAUGAGGUUAGUUUGGGGAGGUGGAAGGAAGGGGCGCCGAGGGGGUCUGGUAGCGUCGACGAAUAG